CUCGCGGAGGUUUGCGCACAAUUGCUUCCUCGGUUCCUUUACCACCAGCAAUCUCGAUACUGCCCAAAAUGUUUUCGAGGACGGCGUUCUCAUCGGCUUUCCGAGCCACCAGUCGAACCAUCCGCCCACUCCCGACUAUAGGCACAGCUCCACGCUUCCUAACACCUCUUCAAAUCCGGCUACUAUCCCAAGAAACGCGCACAGCGAUCGAUAAAGCUGUCGCCACAUCGCCGGUGGUGCUGUUCAUGAAGGGAACACCAGAGACACCCCAAUGUGGAUUUUCGAGAGCUAGUAUUCAGAUCUUAGGCAUGCAGGGUGUGGAUCCAAAGAAAUUUACGGCAUUCAAUGUGCUAGAGGAUAAUGAUUUGAGACAAGGCAUCAAAGAAUACUCCGAGUGGCCUACCAUACCGCAACUGUACGUCGACAAGGAGUUCAUUGGCGGCUGUGACAUCCUCAUGAGCAUGCAUCAGGACGGGUCACUAGCCAAGCUACUCGACGACAAGGGUGUUCUCGUGCCUGCAGAAGAGGCGCCGAGGUCCGAGCCCCCAAAAUGAUAAAAUGUUGUGUCCUGUUGGAAUUGGCUUUAAUGCAUUUUCGACGGACGUCCCUAAUAACUAUACAAAACCACUUUGACUGCAAAUGAUGAGCAAGCAUUGCCAAGGAAAUGUAAGAUCAAGACUGUACAUAUACCUCAAGUACCAAGUUCCGUAAGCUGGAC